CUGACUCACAUCUACACAUCCUCGCUCGCAGAGGUCUCCAGCCAUGGCUGCUCUCCUUCUCGACACCCCUUCAAGGGUGCUCAGACGUGUUCAGCAGUACGAGGACAUGGAGCUCCCGUCCCUUCCAAGCUUCCAACACGACCUCGACGACAUGGACAGCGACCAUUCUAUCGUCUCGGACAGCUAUGCCAUCACCAAGGCCCAUGAGCCGUCGCUCACUUCGAACGGAGAUAGUUCAUCCACAGCUGUUCCCGGCCCCAUUCCUAGGCCCUUUCGCUCGCCAGCCCUCUCUUCAUCCGCCACCGUAAAGCCUGUGACUUCGCCAGUCCGAUACUCGGAGACCACGUUCCCCACCAUUCCUUACUCUGAUACGCUUGAGAGUUCAUCGGCCUACCUCGAUCAAUCACAAUCUGUUCGCCACCCAGACGCAUCGCAACGCGCCGAUUCCGACCACGGCGAUUCCUCCGAACGGCUCUUCCCUCCAUCUGCUGGCCAGGAGUUUGGAUCUCGCAGUGAAAUCCCUCUCUACUCGUAUGACCCUUCGUACGAGUCUGAAAUUGCCGACACUCCGAUUCCCCGUCACUUGGGUCGAGCCAACCUGUCCGGAUCGAGCGACCGGCCGCGCAUCCCAAGUCUUAGUCGCAGCGAGAUUUCAGUCACCGAUACCGAAGCUUCUACCCCAGAAGGCCGAGGUCGUGUGCUGGAUCCUUCUGUGGUUGGAGACGACAUCGAUACCCUCGGAAGCAUGACUCACAAUUACGACCUUGAGGAGACGGAAGAGGACGUGAGCGGUGCGCCAAACUUUGACUCUCCGGCGAAAACUGCCUCCCCGUCAAGCCAAGCGACAGCGACCCCAGUGGCUAUACGCUACAUGGACUCGCCUUCAACAGCAGCACGCGCUGCUGCUACGCCCUUCGGUGCUGGUGCAUACGGCGGUCCCCUUCGCGAUGUCACGCCGUCUCACCGCAACGGAACGCCGACCACUCCAAAGUCCACACUGGUGCCGUCAUCGGACGGCCUGAAGACACCUCGCCCCCCUCUCAAUGAUGCAGAGAGGCGCAAGAGCCAUGUACUCUCUGUAUUGGCCUCUGCAUCCGCGCCUCGGAUACGACCACGAGGAACCCCCCACCACCGCUUGCGUCAAGUCUCCAUGGCACCGGAAGGAUCUUCCAUUGCCGAGGAAUCCGACGCCACAAGUGUAACGCAACAUACGGAGAGGACGCAGAAUGACUCGUUCGUCUCCAUCGCGUCGUCUGAUGACCUCAUGACCGACCGUCGCGGGUCUCGCCUCCAUCGCCUUCAACGUGGCAACACCUCGGUCCCCAACAUUCUGCUCACAAACACAAACACCCCGGGCGUCUCUUUAAACCUCGACGGCCGACCUGAUGCUAUCAAGGUCCAAAAGCAUCUGAACCUCAUGAACAAGCAACUCUUGGAAGGAAACACAGAGCUCGCUCGUGAGGCUGAGGAAUGGCGUGAAGAGUGUAACCGCCUCCAAAGCCUGAUCCAGGAAGCGGGGAUAGAAGUUGAAGUUGACGAGGACGGCGCCAUUAUUGGCAUUCCUGGCCAGCGUCGACGCAAUCUCAAGCCGAGGGAUGACAGCUUGGAGCUUCCGUCCAUCGACACCUCUACCCUCAACGAGCGGCUACGCGAUAUGGAGAGCGAGCUCCAAGAGCGAGAAGAAACCAUCGCAAGUCUGCACCAACGGCUCAAUGACCCCAGCCAGGAUGGCCACGAGCUAAUUGCCCUUCGCGACAAGCUGGUUGCCUCCGAAAGGGCAUACGUUGAUCUUCAAGCCGGCUUCGCCAAGAAGACAGAAGAGCAUGCCUCGCAGUUCACAGAAAUAUGCUCAGCCUUCGAGCAGCAGGUCAAGACACUACAAGACGAACUGGCAGCGUCCAAGGGCCAAUUGGCAUCACUGUGCUCCAAUGCCGUCGUCGACACAGCACAGCGACCAACUGUAUCAGCGGAGCGGGAAGAGGAGCUUAUGGCCAAGAUCACCGCCUUGACUGGAACGCUAGAGGAUGAACGGUCUCGCAACUCGCACACCGAAGCCGACGCCGACCAACAAUUGUCCGCCUCUCGGGAGGAGGUUGCCGGUCUUCAAGCUCAGCUCGCACGUGCAAAGGAGGAGCACUCCUUGAGCGCGGCAACACAGAACCAGCAAAUCUCCCAGCUGACUGCAGCCAAGGCUUCCCUGGAGGCUGAGAUUCAACAAGCCGAAGCUCAAUCAAAAGAGCAGGAUAUUGUGGUUCAGGAGCAGAAGUCUCGGAUUACCAACCUCCUCGACACCCUCGCACGGUUGGAGACGCAGAUUGGAACGGGCACCACCAACGAGCAAGACCUCGAACACCAAGUUGAGGAGCUGCAGGCGGACAAUGAGGCCAUUCGACUCGCGCUAGCCGAAAAAGAUGCUGAAAUCAUCGCGCUGCAAAAGCAGAGAGAUAUCAGCCGUCAAGAGAUCGAGUUUGGCGAUGACGGUGGUAGCCACGGUGAUGCCACCUCCAACAGCAUGGUCAUCGCGCUCGAGGAUGAACUCGGCGAGGCAUACCGUGAGAUUGGCCGUCUCCGUCAUGAGCUUGAAUCCGCCCCCUUGCGCAAGUCCACUUUGGAGAGCCGCGAUGCGCGUAUCAAGGCUCUUGAGACCGAGAAAAUCGCCUUGGCGGAGCGUCUGCAGAGCCGUUCUGUCUCUACCCCUGCUCGCUGGGGCACGGACUCUAUUAAGACUUCGACGCCUCUUGUCCACAAAGCUCUUAGCUCUCUGAUGAUGCCCCGCACCCCGGGCCCCAUGAAGGAGUUCUCGUGGCUGCAGAGCACAAUUGGGGAUGCCAACGAGCCGAUGCUACGAGUCCAGAUUGAACACCUCCAGCAAGAGCUCGAACUUGCCAACUCGCAACUAGACCGAAACUUUGGGCGGCUUGAGGAGGCUGGACUGGGAGCCGUGGGCUUGAGGGAGAAGUUGGCGCUCGCCAACGACAAGAUUGCCAAGUUGGAGGCCGAACUGCGCGCCUUUGCACGAGAGAAUAAGACGUAUGCUGCAUCCGUAGACGUCGGCCGCACCAAGAAUGCGACCUUGGAGGAGGCGUUGGCCUCUGUGAAUCAGCAAAUGACCAUCCUCAAGGCCGACAUGCGGGCAGAGAAGGACCGACUGCAAGACGAGACAAAACGACUCCGUGCUCUGGUGGCUGAUAUUCAAGCCAAGUCGGAUCACGAAAUCGACGGCAUUGGAGCACGGAUGGUCACUCUUCAGCGAGAACUAGACGACGCGGUGCAAGACGGCGAGACUCGAGUAGGCCGCUUGAGGAAGGAGCGAGACGAGCUGCAGCGCACUCUGGCUGAGGCUCAUGCCAGCGCCGAUCGAGACCGUUUGGAGCUUGCCAAGGAGAACCGUCGCCUCAAGGAGUCAAGCGCUUCGGCGGAUCAGCACACAGCUGCAGUUCGGGGUCUGGAAGAGCGCCUUCGUGAUGAAAAACGUGGAGCCGAGGAACUGCGGGAAACGAUUCGCCAGCGCACUCAAGCCUUGCGUGCCGCAGAGCGCGCUGCCGAUGAGCUGAGGAACCAGCGCUCGCAGGUGGCUUUCGAGCUUGCCCUGUUCAACGAGGACCUCGGCAUUCAGCAAAAGGAGUGCGCAAAGUUUGGCGCCGAACUGGAGGCCCUCCGCAAGACUCAAGUCGAUCGUGCUGCUUCACACAAGAAGGCGCUGGCCGACACUGAAGGGGAACUGGGUUGGACACGAGAGCGCCUAAACACCGCCAUGAAGGACGUGGAGCACGCUCAGCGUCGUUGUCUUCACUUGGAGAAGCAGAUUGCCGCCCAUGACACGGAGAGCCGUGACAUGUCGCUAGAGCAGAAGCAGAAGUUCAAGUCCCAGACCCGGGUACUGUCUGCCCAGAUCCAGUAUUUGAAGGCGAAGUACGCCCGAGAGGCCACUUUCAGGAAUGCUCUGUCGCUCCAGAAGAAGUUCUUGAUUCUGCUUAUUGGCGGCAAGAGUAGAAAUGAGCAAGUGGCACUCCGGGAAAUUGCGUCAAUGGGGUACGAGUUACCAUCCUCUGCUCGCCCACGACGUACGUUGAAGGGUGUGGCACUCGCGGUUGUAGCGACCAUUCGAGCACGGCGGCUUGCCCAGCAGUGGCACAUGGCUAGCGAGCAGAGAUCCGUUGUUGUCGACCGACGUGUUUCGCGUAGCUAAGAUUGAUUGACGGCGUUUGCGUUAUUGUAGUAUUGUUGUGCUUGACCAUGUGCCCAACAAGGCACCUAUGUAUAUUGUUU